AUGGCCACAAACACAAGUGGCGUACACAACGUACGAUCGAAUCGCUCCAACAUGAACGGCGACCGAGGCCGUGGUCAGCAUGGCAACGGCUUUGGUGCCGGAAACACUAAUUUCCAUACCAUCUGGAGUGACACCAACCGUGUCCAUGGAUUCGGAGAAGAUCAACCCGUGACCGAUUCUCGCUAUGAAGGCAAGUCUGGCUCUGGCUCAUUGCUGUCAACCUCGGAGUCUGAAGGCUGGGCCGGCCGUCCCCACUUGCCGUGGAGCACUGUCAACACCACGGGCCUGCCUAUGAGCCAGGGUCGGACCACGAUGGCCACGUCGCCUGUCCAAGUCCGUGGCAGUGAUGGAAAUGCGGCCACUUACAACGAUACCGGUGAUUCUUCAUAUUUUUCUCUUCCGCGCACGACCAGCAUGAACAACUCCAGUGGUAGUGCCAGCCACAGACCCUACCUUCACUCGGGAUCCGAGGGAGCUUCUCCUUCUGGCGACGGUGUGACUUUCAAUGCAUUUGGCGGCCUCCGCAAUGGCGACGGCCGGCGUCAAAUCAGCUCAUCCGCGCUCGGAGGCAGCCCCGUGGGCACAACUUUUCCUGUGAAGUCUGGUUUCGCAAGCGCCUUGGAUAACUCCCGCUCCGAGGAUGUGGCCAUGGGACCACUUGGCUCGGGCAUGGCUGACGGCACCUCGCCCACUCAAACACGAAACACAUUCUCUGAAAUGCGCCACAAUUCGACCACUUUUGUUCCGCAGCGUCCAGCUCACACUGCUCGUACCUCUUACUAUUCUGACAACCACACUUCGGACAGUCGUUACAACAGCAGCUCUAAUGAGAUGGGUGGAGGUUUCAGCAAGCUGCAGGUUAACGACAAUGGUCAUCACGCUCACACCGGGGCACAGAGACCCUCUAUCAUGUCCCAAGCGUCAUUCGAUGGCUCCCUUGCGCGGGCAAAGACACAGAACGUUGACGACUUCACUUAUCAAGCCCUGGCCACUUAUGGCGCCCAAGCUGCCCAUGAUUUGCAAUUUGGAUACCAAGGUCGCGCCCACGGCGGCGAUCAGGGAUCGGGCUCUCCCACCAGCUACGGCCAUGUGUCAACUGCUAUGUACACUGACGCCGAGGCCGCUCAGUUGCGAAAUGCUGCCCAGCUUCGAAUGAACGAGCAGCUUGCCUUCGAGCGUAGACUGUCGGCCUACCAAGAGCAAGAAUUCAUGCAGGCCCAAGGAAAUGGCAUGCCUCGUAUGACAAUUCCGCCGUCGUAUGAGUUCCAAAACUACCAGGCCGCUCGACUGAAUGCCUUGCAAGGCUACUACCCCAUUGCUCAGAUCCCCCAGAUCCCUGGAUUGAAUGCGGCAGCUUUGGCCUCCCGCGCCCAGCGUGAUCAAGACCCCUCCCAGAGUGUGCGAAGCCCUCUGCUCGAAGAAUUUCGCGCCAACAACAAGGGUAGCAAGCGUUACGAACUGAAGGAUAUCUACGGACAUGUCGUAGAAUUCAGCGGUGAUCAGCACGGCUCUCGCUUCAUUCAGCAGAAGCUAGAAACUGCCAACAGUGAUGAGAAGGAACAAGUCUUCCGUGAGAUUCAAGAGAAUGCCCUGCAGCUCAUGACGGACGUCUUUGGCAACUACGUUGUCCAGAAGCUUUUUGAACAUGGCAAUCAGAGUCAGAAAAAGAUACUCGCUAAUCAAAUGCGUGGUCACGUCCUGGCACUGUCGACUCAGAUGUACGGCUGUCGUGUGGUUCAGAAAGCCUUGGAGCAUAUCUUGACAGAUCAGCAAGCUGCUAUGGUCAAGGAGUUGGAGAACCAUGUGUUGAAAUGUGUUCGAGACCAGAACGGCAACCAUGUCAUCCAGAAGGCGAUUGAGCGGGUGCCUUCUCAAUAUGUGCAGUUCAUUAUUGACGCGUUCCGUGGCCAAGUCCAUCGCCAUGCUGCCCACCCAUACGGUUGCCGUGUGAUUCAACGUAUGUUGGAGCACUGCACAGAAUUCGACCGCGAAUCGAUUCUCAGUGAGCUCCAUGCGUGCACAUUGAGUCUUAUUCCAGACCAAUUUGGUAACUAUGUCAUUCAACAUGUGAUUGAAAACGGCGAAGCGAAGGACCGGGACCGGAUGAUCCAGGUUGUCAUGUCCCAGUUGCUGGCCUUUUCGAAACACAAGUUUGCUAGCAAUGUGGUUGAGAAAAGCAUCGAGUUUGGCGACGAAAGCCAGCGCCACUACAUCAUCACUACAUUGACUUCAUCAAACGGCCGCGGAGAAAACCCACUGCUCGGCCUCAUGCGUGAUCAGUAUGGGAACUACGUGAUCCAAAAGGUUCUCGGUCAGUUGAAGGGUGCUGAGCGUGAGGCCCUUGUCGAGCAAAUCAAGCCCUUGCUCAGCCAGUUGAAAAAAUUCAGUUAUGGCAAGCAGAUUGUGGCCAUCGAGAAGCUCAUCUUUGAUACCACUUCUCCAAUGGGUGGCCCCAUGACUCAGGGCUCGACCACUCCUCCAAACUCCCACAAGUCUUCCCCGCAACCACCAAAACGUCGCAUCUCUGCCGUACAGCAGCCUCAGACUCCCUAUGUCACCAAUGGCCCUCCUACCCCUCCUCCCACUGACAGCCACGCUUCUAUGGCGACCUUUGAGUCCAAGGGACUGUGCCGGGGUACUGUGACGUCCGUCUCAAGUCCCGAUAGCGGCAGCAAUGGGGUUUCCAUCCAUAUUGACGGCCACUAA